GAGAAGCAAAAGCAGGAAGAGAGCUCCAAAUUCAUAAAGAUUCUUCGACUGGAAUGUGUAAAAUGAUUUCCAAGACAAUUAUAGGAAUCCUGACCUUUUUUCUCUUCCUUGUCGAAUUUUCGAGGUCUGAUGACUGCAUCCUGCCUUUACAGAUGACAACUCUGAGCGGCUCCUGUCUGCUGAUCCCGUGCACCUUCGGGCCUCGUACACCGAGCUCUGGAGCUGUUGGAGUUUGGAACAUUGGCUUUACAUCUCAGACCCCAGUAUCCAGAGGAAAUACAUCACAAAAUGGCUGGUCAAACGUCAAAGUCAGCCUUCUUGGGGAUGUGACACAAAGAAACUGCACCACACUGUUGGAAAACUUGAGCACUUCAAACACAGAAACAUACUAUUUUAGGGUUGAAAGUGACAGCUUGAAGUUCAGCUAUGCUGAAGGAGUUCAUAUUAACGUAUUAGACUCGCCAGAUGCCCCUCUGCUCAGCUCAACAAGUCCAGUGAAGGAGAACUUGAACAUCAGUUUAAACUGCAGCUCUCCACUGUCCUGUCCCACACAACCUCCCAUUCUGACAUGGAGUGACACUCUGAACGGGAUGGUGCUCCAGAAUAUCACCAGCAACAAUGGGAGUCAGUCCUUGUCAUCGCUGCUGACCUUUAGAGCUUCAUAUGAACUCGACAUGAAGAACAUCAGCUGCACAGUGUGGUACCCGGUGGGGACUGAAAACCGCAGUGCGUCAGCGAGUGUCCUUCUUCAAGUCUGGUACGCUCCAAAGAACACUGGCAUCAUCGCUAAUACUUCUACAGAUAUUUUGGAGGGCAGCACCGUGAACCUGCAGUGCACAUCCAAUGCAAACCCAGUCAGCAACUACACCUGGUUCAAGAUGAACGGAUCUUCUGAGCUCCUGACAAGUUUUGGGCAGAACUUGACCAUCCAGAACGUGAGCCGCAGUGACAAUGGCGUGCAUUUGUGUCGGGUACAAAACGGGUUUGGAGACGGCAACUCAUCUGUGACUCUGAAUGUACAAUAUCCUCCAAAGGAAACUACUGCACACAUUUAUCCUGCAGCUGACAUCAUGGAGGGAACACAAGUCAUACUGAGCUGCAUCUCGGUUAUAAACCCACCUGGGAACUACACCUGGUUUAAAGGAAACGGAUCUGACGCCACCAGAAGAGCAGCCGGGCAGAAUCUGAGCAUCUCAGCGGUGACACUUGGUGACAGUGGGGUGUAUUACUGUCUGGCAGACAACCAGUAUGGAGGAAAAAAUUCAACAGCCGUGACUUUACGUAUACAGCCCUCGCUACUGAACACCGUGCUUCUCUAUGCAGUUAUUGGAAGUGUUGCUUCCUUCUUCGUAAUUUUACUUGUGAUUUGCUUAACUUGCAGAAGGUGUAGGAACUCUAAAAAAGCAAGUCAAGAAAAUCCUCCUUCACACACAAAUAAGCAAAUCCCCAUUAACUAUGUGAACAAUGACAUAUAUGUCAAUCACCUCACCGUCACACAAGACGAGAAGGAAGGGGCUGAAAGUCCAGUCGUGUACGCCGAUGUUAACUUCAUGAAGGCUCAACUACAACAACAAAAUAACAAAACGGUGACAAAAUGGCAGCUUAAUGAAGAAACCGAAUAUGUGGAGAUCAAACGAGCUGUGAGCUCCUGAGGACAGACAGUUGUGCAGACAUUAGGAGUGAAGGAGAGCAACAUCUCCAUGUGAAUCGACAGUAAAGGGCCAUCAUCGGACAUAAGAGAAGACACAACGAUGACAAUUAGAAACGUGUUCAAUAGAAAUUGAAAUAAAGAAAGUCCUUCUGUCGUUUGUUUGAGGACGUUUCUGUGUUACUGCAUUUGCAUUUUAAUUCAAGUCCACAAAUCGCACGUCGUAACUAAAAGUAAAGCAGGCGUAUUGCAUUCGUCUUAGCGGCCGCUCCGUGUGUGUUGCAUUUCGAUUCGAGAUCAGACUUUAAUCAGCCAAAAGUAAUCAAAUCACCAAGCAGCAUCAGCAUUAGGGCUGCCAACUCUGUUUCUCUGGAAAUGAGGACAUUUGGGUCAAGAAAUUAGGACUUUUAAAGGACGCCUUCCAUAGCAUGCCAUAGUACGCCUUUAUAUUGUUUUUUAAAGUUAUAUAAACCUUUAGUAGCAGAUUAUCACUAUAAGGAUGGCCACAAUCACAGUCACUGGCAAACUAAUAAACCAGUAAAUAUUUUAAAUAUGUCAAGCCUUUUAAAUUAACAGACUUCAAUACUUUCAUUCUUAUUUGGAUAGCUUAACUGUCGUAAACCUGUAAGAAAUGAUA